AGUCCUGAUCUGUUUCGUGGAAUAAAGGUGGCGAGGCUGCUGGUAGCAGCGCCCUUCCUGCUGGCGUUCCUACUCGCCUCGCUCACCUCCCCGGUGCUCAUCCCCGUCUUCCUCCUCGCCGCUGCUGCCAUGCUCUUUGCCUCCCUGCUCGCCUCCUGGGUGCGGUCCAGAGAUGAUGGCGGGAACACUCUCAGACAGGUAACAGCAGCGGUGCAGCGGGGGGCAUCCACGCUGCGAGCAGCAGUGACAGCAGCGGCAGCCAAGGCAGUGCUAGUGGCCACCAUGCUAGUGGCCCUCAUCCACCUCUCCCACCAGCUCUCGCCUCAGCAAGAGGCCACCGGCGUGCACCGCUCGCUGCUCGCCUUCGUCUCGCUGCUCUCCUUCCUCCUGGGCGGCUUCUGCAUGGGUCUUGCUGCGCACGCUGCUGUGUGGCUGUCCGUGCCUGCUGCUGCCAGGAUUGCUGUUGCUGCCAGGCGAUCCCCUCAAGAGGCCCUUCAGGUUGCAAUCCGAGCAGCGGGAGCAGCAGCGCUGGUGGUGGCAGCAGUGCCGGUGGUGGGGUUGGGCAUCAACUACAGCGCCCUCCUCGCCUUCUUCCACAUGCACCUCGCCCCACUCCCCGCCUCCCUUGCCGCCCAAAAACGGAGGGGCCUCUCCGCCUCUGCAGCCUCUGCUGCUACUGCGGGGUCUGCUAUGGCUUCAGCAGGGCUUAAACCCACUGAUUUGCCGGCAUUGCUUGUCUGCUUCUGCUUUGGGGCGGCAGUGGUGUCUCUCUUCUACCACCUCCCGCCGUCCAUUUUCUCCCGCUCUCUAGCACUGGGCCACAAGCUUAUAUCGAGGAUGGACAGAAGCGCGUCAGAGGCAGCAGGAGGGGGCGCCAAUGUCGUUGCUGUUGCUGACAUGGUGGGCGUGGGCAUGGCGAGGGGGGCAGCGAGGGCAUGUGAGGCGUUUUGUCUAGCAGCAGCAGAAGCGGUGGCAUCGAUGGUGCUGGGGGCGCAUGUGGCACAGCACUGCGCCAUUGACAACCCAACAGGGUUCAUCCUCCUGCCCCUCGUGGUCCUCUCUCUAGACCUCCUCACAUCAGCCGCUGCCAUUCUCUCCGUCUCUGCCGCAGCUGGCUCCUCCCGCCUCCCUCACUCCCUCCCCGUCGACUCCUCCUCUUCCUCCUACUCCUCCUCCUCCUCUCCCUUCUCCUCGCACUCCCCUCUCUUCCGCUCCUCUCCCCGCUCGCCCAUGCUGCGGGGAUCAGUGCUGCCCACAGCAGCAGAGGAGGUUGUGGGGUGUAUAUUCAAUGGCUACGCGCUCUCUCUUGUGCUCGCUGUCUCCUCCUUCGCCCUGGCGACCAGGUGGUUGCUAUUCACAGAGCAAGCCCCUCUCGCCUGGCUCCAUUUCUUCUUCUGCGCCCUCCUCGGCAUGCUCUGCUCCAUCCUCCUCCUCCUCUCCUCCUCCCUCCUCUCCGCCCCCCACCUCCCCCCUGUCCGCUCCCUCGCAAUCGCCUCCUCCUCCGGCCACGCCUCCAACAUCUCCUCCGGACUCGCCCUCGGGAUUGCCGCCGCCGCGCCGCCAGCUGUCAUCGUGGGAUUGGCCGUGGCGGCGGCGGUGUGGCUGGGGCGGAAUUCGGGGUUGGUGGAUGGGAAGGGGGAGCCGGCAGGGGGGUUGCUGGGGCUGGCUGUGGCGGUGAUGGGCAUGCUCAGCAGCGGGUGCUUCUCCCUCACCACGGAUCUGUUUCAGCUCGCUGUGUCACAUGCUGGGUUACUGUGUAAAAUGAUGGCACAGCAUCAGAAGCAGCAGCAGCAGGGCCAGAUGCAGCAGAUGCAGGAAUUCAGUCUCGGCCCGGCAGCACAUGAUGUGAUGCAGGACGCACAUGGCAUGGCAGCACAUGGCAUGGACGCAUAUGGCAUGGGCAUGCAGGACGGAGGCGGCAUGGCUUCAGAGCACAUGGGAGCAGCAGGAUCACCACAUAUGCUGCAACAGCAAGUGUCCUCAGACGCUGUAGCAGCAGCAGCAGCAGCAGCAGCAGCAGCAGCAGCAGCAGCAACGGGAGGGGUAGGGACAGGAGAGAUGGCAGCAGAAGACUCCUCAUCCUCGUUACAGUCGUCCUCACUACAAUCCUCCGCGCUUCCACCCCACGCUCCCACGUCAUCAGCAGCAGCAUCACCAGCAGCAGCAGCGGCAGCGGCAGCAGCAGCAGUGUUACGGACGCCAGUCAGUCCUUUGGAGGCAGCAGCAUCAGCUGUGGCGUCGGCUACACGCGGCAUGGGGUGUGGUGCCUCCUCGCUCUGCUCUCUCCUGCUCGUGCAUGCCUUUGUGGCUCUCGUCUCCUCCUACUCCAGCACAGCACUGCACAAUAUUGACUUGCUGCAGCCAGAGCUGCUGGUGGCGUGCAUGGUGGGGGCGGCAGUGGUGGUGGGAGGUGUGGCGAUGGCUGCAUCUGGGGUGACGCGGUGCACGGCCAUCGUUGUGAGGGAGGGACGCAGACACCUGCACCACCGAGCCGAGGAGAAGCAGGCAUACCCGAGGGCGCCCAUGGUGCUGGAUGAUCCAUCUCGCUUCGUGGGUGCAGUGGCAGCUGUUAGCCUAAAGGAGCUGCUGCUGCCAGGCCUGCUUGCUGUCGCUGCUCCAAUCGCCAUGGGCAUCAUAGUGCGGUCGGUCGGCAAGGCCACCCUCCAACCCCUCCUGGGGGCACGAGCCGUAGCAGCGCUGCUGCUGGUGGCGGUGCUGGUGACGCUGCUGCUAGCUGCACUCUUCAACGGGGCUGGCAGUGCGUGGAGGGGCGCCAGAGACGUGGUGGAAGCAGGCCAGCUGGGAGGGAGGUGGGAUGAGGCGCUGGUAAUCCUGUUGCUCGCUCCUGCCUCAUCACCUUUGCUACCUCUCUCUCUCUCCCUCUCUCCUCUCCCUUCCCCCAAACCGUCACUCACAGGCAUCAUAGUGCGGUCAGUGGGAAAAGCCACCCAGCAGCCCCUCUUGGGAGCAAGGGCGGUGGCGGCGCCGCUGGUGGUGGCGGUGCUGGUGGUGCUGCUGGUGACGCUGCCGCUCGCUCCCUGCCUCUUGACCUUCUGUGACUCUCUCUCCUUUCUCCCUUCCUCUCCCCCCCCCACCACCUCACAGGCAUCAUAG